CAAAUGCCCUUAGGAGUUGGGGGACAAAGGGGUAAGGAGAAUUCUUAUCUGCUUCUCUCUGCACUUCCCUACCUCAUCCAACCUAUCUGUAGCCAAAGCUAGGAUCCCCUCCUUUCCUUCCAGACAACCCUGUACCAUGCAGUCCCAUUACUAUGUGCUCCUCUUCAUCAUACUCCUUGCCCUCUGCUGGGAGUUCCCUGUUUUGUCCCGGAUGUCAUACUGGAGAGAAAAACCUGGAAAAUGUCCAAACGAUAAAGUCCACUGUGUGACGUGGAAAUUGCAUCGCUGUGCAGAAGAUAGAGAGUGCAAAGGAACACUGAAGUGUUGCCUAUUUGACUGUGGAUUUAUAUGCUUGGAUCCAAAACAAGAUAUCUGCCUCCUACCUGUUAAUAAGGGCAAGUGCAAGAAAAGCAUCCAGCGGUUUUAUUACAACCAUGAAACAAAUCAAUGUUCAGCCUUCGCCUAUUACAGUUGUGGGGGCAACGCCAACAACUUUUUUACCAUGGUGGGUUGCCAGCAGAACUGUGUAAAGGACAACCAUAACAAAACAAGUAACGAGACCUAGUGAGUGCUACCAGCAAAUCCCGCAUCCCCAAAGGCUGUGGUUCUCAGUUGGACUCCAGGCUAACCUUCUCUACUGCAUCCACUGACUCUGCCUGCCCCACAGUAUUGGGAUUUCAGAGGGUUUCACCUACAGGCUGUGUUAACUAUGCCCCAACUCCUGAAAUAAAAUACUCUGUUUAUGAUUGUGA